CAAAACGUACGAAACUUUCGCACAAACAUCAUUGUUUUAGUGCCUUUUGUAAAUGGAAAAUGGGAUGGUCUGUUGUGUCACGGAUGGAUGAACUAUGUGCCAGGGCGCAUAUGCACCCUCCUCCACCCCUCUUUGAAUCGACGCCCCAAAACUGUUUGUUCCGAAACCCCGUUUCAACCCUCAUCGCAGAUAUCACAAACUUGUUGUCCCGGCCAACCCAGUUGCACCGAGAAGAGCAUAGCAGUCGUCUCCGGCAGUUUCUGACCCGGGGUUUUCGGGGCUCCUCGAUUAAUAAAAAAAAGAACAUGGUCAAAAAAGGCGAACAACAACAACAACAAAAAAGAAGGUACACCGUCGGCCGUGUGCACAGAACUGGUUUCGGCGAGAGCCCGAACCGAUUGACCGAUCAGGAAUUCGAGAAAUCCCAAGAAGUCCGCUGAAUUUCGCCACGGAAAGCUCGAUUUAUACCGCAACAAUUGUGCUGCAACAAUAACAAACGACGGACGAGGAAAUUGCCAAUCGAAAAUGGCUUUUUUUUUGGGGUAAGUACCAUAAAUAUUUUUGUACAACUUGAAAAAAUAUACACAAACAUUAGACGCGUCAACAAAUUGAUCGAAAACU